CGACUUCCCAAAUCGAGUCGAAUGGUCAGCCGCCUCUUCUCCUCCUCUUCUCUUCUCUUCAGUUUCGUCGCCUCUCCUACAAAUCGAACGACCAAUCAUGGUGGUCUCCUCCUCUGCUUCGCUUGGCCGCGUCGAUGACAUCUCCGCCAAGACGACGCCGUCGAUCAAGUUUCUCUGUAGCUACGGCGGAAAGAUCCUUCCUCGUCGCCCCGACGGCCAACUCCGCUACGUCGGCGGUCACACCCGCGUCCUUUCCGUCCCCAGAUCUAUCUCUUUCACAGAGCUGCAGGUGAAGCUGAGCCAGUUGUGCGGGUGGAAGACGGCGAGCCUCCGGUGCCAACUUCCGACGGAGGACAUGGACGCCCUUGUGUCAGUUACCUCCGACGACGACCUCGCCAACCUCGUGGAGGAGUACGCGGGCCGAGAACGGACGACGCCUCUAAAGAUCCGAGCCUUCCUCUUCCUCCCGCAAUCCUUCCCCUCCUCCAAUUCUUCUGCCACAACUCCGGCCAUCCCUUUGCCCUUCGUCUCUCGUCCUUUGAUCGCCGCCCCCGAUCGCUGCAACCGUCAGUACUCUGUGCCUGCUAGGUUUUGUGCUCGGUACGAGAAGCCCACGGCAUCAUCCGCCGCAGCCAGAAAGCUUCGCAUCCAUGGCCACUACCACCUUCUUGGCCAUGGAGCCACAAAACCCUGCAACGAUCUCGUGCAUCCUUUGGGACACUGGCAGUAGUGAACAGUUCCAGGUUGAUCGAUCUCGGAUUUUGGUCAUUGCCUUCUGUUAAUUUGCCUCUUGCGUUGCGGAUGUAAUUUUUGAACAGAUCUGCGGCAGAUAAGAGACAUUGUAGAUGGAGAAUAAACAUAUCAAUGUUUAUCUUGUGAAAGGAAAAAAAACAUUUUAUAUUAAUAAAUAUUUUUAUUAUCUUA